AUGUUUUCAACGAAGAGUUUUUCAAAAAUUCAACAAUUAUUAAUCAUAUAUCGACAAACAAAUCGAUUAUGUUUUAUGUAUUCAUCCUCAUCAUCAUCAUCAUCAUCAUCGAUAAAAUUAGGUUCAACAAUGAAGAAAUUGAUAGAUUCAAAAGAAUAUAAAAAAGUUUUAAAUCUUUAUGAUAAACAUUGUGAAAUGUGUACAGAUUUUGUUAUUGAUAUGACAAUUAAAGCAUGUAUUCAAUUAAAUGAUUAUGAACGUAUUAAAAAUAUUGAGAAAAAUCUUUCAUCAAAAUCAUUCAACAGUUCUUUUAUUCAAACAUCACUCAUUCAAUUUCAUUUUCAAAAUGGUGAUAUCGAUAAAGUAUUAAAUAUAUCUUCUAGAAUAGCUAAUAAAUCGAAUUAUCUUUACACAAUUGUUUUCAAAGGUUUAAAUACACAUAAUAGAGCAGAUAUAGUACUUGAUUUAUAUGAUAAAAUGACAAUUAAUCCGGAUGAUUAUACAAUAGCUACUAUAUUUAGUUCAUGUGCUCAACUUGCUAAUCAACGAGCAAUGAAUAUUGGAAGAAGACUUGUUGAUAAAAUAUCUCAGAAUAUUCAAAAUAAAACUUCACUUCUAAAUUCAUCAAUACAUAUGUUGAUGAAAUUUGGGGAUAUAACAAAAGCUGAAGAAUUUUUACAAAUGAGUAAAAAGAAAAAUAUCAUUACAUAUGGUGCUAUGAUAAACGGAUACAAUAUAAAUAAUCAACCAUUGAAAUCUUUCAAUCUUUUUCAACAAAUGAAACAUGAAAAUAUUAAACCCAAUGAAACCAUAUUUAUCUUACUUAUUGGUACUUGUUCACAAACCGGUUUAUUAUCAAGAUGUCAAUAUAUUGUUAAUCAAAUACCUUUACAUUUCUACAAGAAUAUACAACUAAACAAUUCAUUAAUUGAUAUGUGGGGCAAAGCUGGUUCAAUUAAAAAUGCUCAACAGAUUUUUGAAUCAAUCAAUAAUCCUAAUAUUAUUACAUAUAAUGCAAUGAUUAAUGCAUUUGGACUUAAUCGUAUGGGUUUCGAAGCCAUUAAAUUAUAUAAAAAAAUAUCGAAUAAUUUACACAAUGAAAGAUCACAUAUUUGUGUAUUGAAUGCAUGUUCUCAUUCGGCUCUUCAUCGUGAAGCUUAUUCGAUUUUCAAUCAAAUUUCUAAUAAAACAGAAAGGAUAAUUACCACAAUGAUUGAUUGUUUAAGUCGUCUUUUUUUGUUCGAUGAAGCACAAAAAUUGAUAAAUGAAUAUGAAAAAACAAAUCCACCAUCUUUACUCAUGUAUAUGGCUAUGUUAUCUGGUGCACGUAAUCGUCGUCAUUCAAUUAUAUCAGAAAACAUUUAUAAUAAAAUGAAAAGUUUAUUUCCUGGUGAAAAAGAUGCACUCAUAUCUGCUUCUAUUCUUCUUGCUAAUACAUAUACAUCGCUGGGUGAUUCACAACGAGCAGGAGAUAUUCGAUUAGAUCGAAUAAAAGAAUUUGGUAAAGAAGUUAGAGUCGGAUUAUCAUGGACUGAAGUAAAUGGUACAAUUGUGCAAUUCAAAGCUCAUGAUCAAUCUCAUCCUCAAUCGAAAGAAAUUUACACUGAACUUAAACAAAUCUCUGCUGAAUUAAUUGAAUAUGGACAUGAAUAUGAUUCAACUUGGAUGACUCGUCCAUUACAGAAAAAUGAAACUGUUGAAUCGGUGUUAUGCGGUCAUAGUGAAAGAUUGGCUAUUGCAUUCAAUUUUGUUGCACGAUCAAAUCCUUCAAUGAUUCAAAUUACUAACAAUCUUCGAGUUUGUGGUGAUUGUCAUGAAGCAACAAAAUUAAUUGCAAAAAUACGGAAAUGUGAAAUCAUUGUUCGUGAUGCUAGUUGCAUUCAUCAUUUUUAUACCAAUGGACAAUGUUCUUGUCAAGAUCAUUUUUAA